AUGCUACUGGACGGUUUGACAAAAUGUGUGAAUAUUUGUGCUUACUAUUCUUCUAGUCACCGUCGAUUUGCUAUUGUAAAGAAAACUUACCUGUCCCUGAAAGGUGUGACAUCUUCAGAAAUGAAUGCGGUUUUAAGGUGGUCAGAUUUGGUUUCUUUGCCAGAUGCAUCCACAUUCCUCACCCAACGAGUUUCCUGGAAUGUGAUGGAAGAACACUUGACAGCCUUGGCAAACAGUGACAACAAAUCUCUCGUCCUGCUAGCAGCUCGGAUAUGUAUGGAGUCACUAGCCAGAAACCAAGCUUCUUACAUUAGCUCGAUUGUCAACUUAGGAGGCAUCUCUCAACUGAUCAGAUUAGGCGACACUCGUGACAUCUUGCUAAAGAAACGAGUUUACGCCUGCUUGGAAGUUAUGUCCAGAUACGAUCCUGCUCAAAGGCACCUUAUAGACGAAGGUAUUCUUGCGCAAGCGGUGAGACAUCUUCAAGAUUGCAACAGCCCCGAGUUACAGCUGAGCUGCCUGUUUAUACUGAACAGUCUGUGCAGCAACAGAAACACUUUGCUGAAUAUACUGGCAGUGGACAAUUACUUGGUGAUCACAGCAGCCAUGCAAAUGUUGACAGAUAGUGCAAAGAAUACUCCAGGACUUGAUCACAGCCACAGCUGGUGUACGUUGCCGAGACAGAAUUUGAUUCUUCUUUGUAAGCUUUGUGUUGAUGGUGAAAUGAAGACACUUACUUGA